UUCAAAUAACUCCCAUCCCUAUAACCACUCUUCUCUUAAGCUCUAGUAGUUAAGAAACAUUAGUUAAAGAAGAUAAGAAACAUUACACCUAGCUACUAGAGUUUAACAUGGCUUCCAAAACUUGCUCCUCCCUUGCUCUUUUCCUCACACUCAACCUCGUUUUCUUCUCACUUGUCUCUGCAUGUGGUUAUACACCAUGCCCUGGUCCAAACCCAAAGCCAAGGCCCAACCCCAACCCUAACCCUAACCCCAGCCGAAGUGGCUCGUGCCCCCGUGAUGCACUCAAACUAGGUGUAUGCGCCAAUGUGCUAAACUUGGUGAAUGCCACUUUGGGUCAACCACCAGUUACCCCUUGCUGCACCCUUCUCGAUGGCCUCGUUGACCUUGAGGCUGCAGUGUGCCUAUGCACUGCCCUCAAAGCAAACAUUUUGGGCAUCAACCUCAACCUUCCAAUCUCACUCAGCUUGCUUCUCAACGUUUGCUCAAGGAAAGUCCCACGUAAUUUCCAAUGUGCUUAAUCGUGGCCCAUGAAACAAGUUGCUUCGUGUUUCCUAGUUGUGGCUUUCCGUUGUUUUUUUUUUCAAAUUCCAUUUAUCAUGGUGUGAUUCUUGUACGUGCAUGGAUGAUUAACUUCUCGUUAUUAAUUCUGUCGCUUUAUUGAUUGUUUUAUCAGGCAAAGUGUCACAUUAAAUAAAUUCCCAAUGCUUAAUUUGUUAUGUAAAGCAAAAGGAAUAAAAAAUAUGGUAGUGUUAUUUAUUUGACAGAUAAAUGAUUAAUGUUACAAAUAUACUUUUUAAUA